AUGGCCCCAAACAAACCUGAGGAACCAUCACCCAUUGAGCGUACACAAGAAUAUGAAGACUUCCUGAACACUUUAGCUGAAUAUCACGAAAAGCGCGGCACUAUUCUCGACCGCGAACCAAAGGUCGGCAGCCGACACAUUGACCUCUUGCGCCUCUACAAACGCGUGAAUGAGGAAGGCGGAUACGACAAGGUCUCAGAUACCAGGAACAACAAGCUCGCCUGGCGUAGAAUCGCUACCGAAUUUCUUCCCAAAAGCCCCAACAUCACAACUCAAGCCUUCCUAGUCAAGACUGCUUACUACAAGAACCUUGCCGCCUACGAAAUAUCUACCGUCCAUAAGCGCGAACCACCGCCGCCCGAGAUUCUCGAAAACGUGUCUGCCAAGGGAGGAGACCUGCUGAACCGAACCGUAGACAACUUCUUUCCAUCUAGCAAUCGGGAAGCAGAGCGACUGAGGGGAGACGAAGAUUCAGAAGACGAAGACGACGUGGAGAAUACACCAAAGGACGAUAAGAUGGACGUUGACGACCCAGGCAGCGUCGGUCGCUCGACGCGAUCGCUCCGCCAUGCGCCGCCGCAGCGUGUGCUCUUCCAACCCGAAGCUUCUACCCGCCAGACGCGCCAGUCGACCGGCCACCUGAACUCGUCCCAAACUAACGGCUACGGGACCAGUGGAGCUGCCAUGACGAUCGCAAACUACGAGCCCAGAACUGCUGUACCAGCCACCAUGAAGCCCGUCGUUACUCCAUCCAACUCGCUCGAUACCUACAUACAAACGCGCAAGAAGUACAUUCUCAACAAGAAAAACAGGCCGGUGCAGCUCAAGGGUAUGAUGCUGCCUGGCACCGGCUUUCCUGGGCCCAGCAUCUACAUCCGCGCUCUCAAUGCUCUACGCUCAAGGGAACCCGAGGAGGAAGCUUAUGCCCUGCAUCAUCUUGUUAAGAUCUCGCAUGAACGUGGCGAUAAGUACCGAUUCGAUCAGUUUCCGGGACUUGCUGAAGCACUGAUUGCGAAGGUCAUCGAUGUAGGCGAAUUAUUCUUUGACGUGAGCUGGGACAUAUCAUAUGUCGAAGACGACUUCGACCAGCCCCAUAUACUAAACGGCCUGUCUGGCACCCGCGAUCUUCUGGAGCGUAUCCAAUCUCUCGCUUCGCUGGAUAUGCACGAUACUCUCCUCCCAGAGCAAACUGCACAGGCCCUCAACAUGAUUAACGAGGCUGCAUUAAUCAUUCGCAACAUGGUGAUGCUCAAGGAGAACGCCCUCUUUACUUCUGUACUACCAUCUAUCCAGGAUAUGAUUGUCAUCGUACUCAAUCUCCCAAAACACUCUACCGUCGUCGAACUACAACACUACGCCCUCGAAAUCGCCGAGCAACUGACCAAGUAUUGGGUUGUGGAUGCACAAGAUCCGUUGUAUCGUUCGUUGGUGGCACAAGUCGACUCUGACGACCGCGGUCGCAUCAUCACGUCACUAAGAGCGCUUGCCCGGAUAUCUAUGAACCUGGAAGUUGCCAACAAGCUCACCAACGUUCCCACCAAGACCUUGAAAUCAAUAUGUGACUGGCUCUUGGUAGAGGACGAGGACCUCCGCAUUGCAUGUUUGGACUUCUUGUAUCUCUUCACUGGCUUUCCGGACAACGUUGAGACAUUAGUACACGAAAUUGAUAUCGAGGCCGUCAUAAAGCAACUUGUGCGGCUCCUCCAAUACGGUGCGAUUGCUUACGAAGAACGCAAGAGUGUUGCAAAGACAGCGAAGUCUUCUCCGCCACCAGAGAAUGCGCCGAAGCUAUCAUCCGCCAUCAUCGAUCACUUGGUCACUCUCGAUGAACCAGAGCGCAGCUCACAGUGGCUCAAGACGUGUUUCGAAGAGGACUCGGCGGGCGAGAUCACUCAGAUUCAGUUGUGGUCCGCAUACAAUGCCGCUUUCUCAGAGCACAUGACGAACAACCCAGUAUCUUUCAAGGCGCUCAUGCCAGCAAAGGAUUUCAUUACGAAUGUAUCCACAACAUUUGGCGGUGCAUCUGCUCAAGUACUCACAGUAGGUGGGCAGCCAAAGUACACCAUUCGAGGCAUACGCCCACGGUCCGUACCAGUCGACCCCAGUACAAAGAGGCCGUACAUGCGCUGCUGCUGGCAUCCUCCGAGCCUGAUGAACGGCCACACUGACUCCAAACACUCUACUGCUAACAUAGAAUGUGGCGAGUUCGCAUCUGGUGCGCGGUCCAUGUGGGAACACGUUGUCAGCGAUCAUCUUCGGGUUCCUCGCGACCAAGAAACAGGCCAGUGGCUGCUCGAGCCCAAACCAGAUAUCGACAUGGAGAACGGGGAUGCAGUUUCAGCAACACCACCAACCAAGUACUUUUGUCAUUGGGGUGGUUGCACACAUUUCUCGCCCAAUGGUACCGAAUCAGCGUACGAAGCUGGCCAACAUAUGAAGACCCAUCUCCCGGAUACUAGCAUCAGGCAAGCCAUCCACGCGAAACACAACCGCACCCCCUCCGAGUCGAGACCUUUAACUUCCUCCGGACAGCCACGAUAUGACGUCGUCCAUCCGCAAUUUGGACACCUGAGCUCGUCGAUCAACUCGGUGAGUAGACACGGCGCUAGAGAGGACGGGUCAACAACGCCCAACUUCCGCUACUACAACACGGCGACCGACGAAACCAACGAUGCGGCUGGUCUCCCUCUAUCAUCUGUGCUCGUCCUCCGCAACCUUGCUCGCCAACUCAACAAGAUCCCGCCCCCAUCCACCGUCGCCGAAGUCAUCUCUCCAUCCUCACCAACACACAAGCGCACCUUCAGCGCCGCCGAGGGCAGCCCCGAAGCUGCAAGGAGAGCAACAGCCGGCGGUAAGAAGCCCCGUCUCAACGACGCAGCACUGGAGCAAAGGCGAGAGAACGAGGAGAGGGAAGAACAAGAAGUCAAGAACGCAGGCUGGGUCGCACGAAUCUUUUCCCCGCUGCGGGAUCAGAUUGCCUUUACAGCAAGCCAUAACCUCACGCUUAGGAAUUAUGUGGUUGGACUUCUAAAGGCUAUUGCCGAAGGUGGUGGUUAG